AAUGAAUUUAAUUUUUAUUUUCGUAUUUUUUAUUUCAAUUAAUUUUAAUUUAAUUAAUUCAAAUCAAAUUAGAAAACGUCGUCAAGCUAAUUUAGAACCAUCUUUGAAUGGCUCAAUUCCAUUUGGAAUUGCUCAAUUUAAUCGUGUUGGAGUUAUACCAAUUGGAACUCCUCCUAAAAAUUUUACACUCGCCUUAAAUCUUCAAUCUUCUGCCUUCUGGGUUGUUGAUAAUAAUGCUGAUUUUCCCUGGACAAAAACUAAAUAUAACAAUAAUACUUCCAAAUUUAGUAUUCCAACUGGUAGAAAUGUUACAUAUACAGAUGGUAAAUCUGGACCUAUGUUUAUGGAUAAUAUUACUAUUGGUGAUUUGAGACUUCCAGUAAUGAGAUUAGUUUCUAUUAUAUCAUACCCAAAAAUGCCUACUGAAUUCCAAUUUACCCCCUUGGAGGGAGUGUUUGGUCUUGCUCCACCUCUUAAAAUGAUUGAUCCUUGCAAAGCUUCUCCGCUUGUUUCAAUAAUGAGUGUCGUUGAUCACCCAAUUGUAACUAUAACACAAUAUAGUGUAACAGUUGGAGAUUCAAAUAUUGGAAAAUUAACUUUCGGUGCUGAAAACUAUGAUGAUUGUGUUGAUGAAUAUGAUUACGUACUUCUUGCUGAAGAAGGUCAAUGGUCUGUUAAAAUAUUAUCAGUCAAAGUUGACGACGCAAAAUUAAAUGUAACACUAAGUCCAAUGCUUAAAAUCAUGGAUCAAGCACUUUAUAUGUAUGGACCUAAAGCACAAUUAGAUGAAUUAGCAAAUAUGCUUGGUGCUGAAGUUCCUGAUGAUGUUGGAGAUUUUUAUUUACUAAAUCAAACAGCCUGUGAUAAUAUGGAUCAAAUGCCAACAAUAACAAUUAGAUUUGGAGAGGAAGGUAAAGAUACUUCAAAGACUGUUUUGAAGCCAGAACAUUAUAUGGAAGUUUCCCCAAUUGGCGAAUGUCGUCUUCUUUUUAUGACCAAUGAAGUAAUGCAAUAUGAUAACAAUUAUUGGGUUAUGGGACAACAAUUCCUUGUCAAUCGUUGUGUUUCUGUCCAUUUCCGUAAAGGAAGAAUGGGAUUUGCUCAAGGCCGUGAAAUUGAUCAAACAGAUAAUCAAACUGAAAAUAGUGAGGAUGAUCAAGAUAUUGAUUUGAAGGAAAUUGCGAAUAAAUUCGACGAUGUUCGAAUUAAUCAAUUUACAGGGAUUUAA